UUCUUGAUACACCAACAGAGUGUGCAAUGGGCGUCAAGGGAUGUAGCAGUCUAAUUGGACUAUGGACUCUUGGACUACCAGGAGAAUGUGUUUAUAAAGAAGCUGGAUUUAGACUCGGUCAAAUGGGUAUUAAAAGAGGAUUACUACAGUUUCACUGGACAAAUCCCGAGGAAAGAUCUGAUUUAUGGGAUGCUUCUGGUAUGACCAUCUACUACACCAAGAAGUUGAGAAAAUAUGAUGCCGGUACCUGGAUGACCGGACAGGAAUAUCUGGAAAUUCCACCAUUGACUAAAAAUGUCGUGCAACAAUCAACAUGUUCUUCUAGAUGUACAAAGAAGAUAUUUAAUGGAACUGUUCAUUUAAUGACGGGAUUAAACCAUAUGCACUAUCUUGGUGUUUCUGGACGUGUAAAACUGACUCGUGAAGAUGAUUCCACUCAGAUGUUGACUGAUGAACCUGUCUAUAGUUAUGAUACACCUGUCUUAAACAGGUAUGAACCACCAGUUGAACUUCAGGGAGGUGAUAGUAUCGAAACGGUGUGCUCCUAUAGGUCACUGUCUAGAAAGGAAACUGCUGUAUAUGGACGAGGAACGUAUGAUGAGAUGUGCUAUGGUAUUUUCACCUACUAUCCAGUAGAAUCAAUCAGCACAAUCAAUUGUGUAACACGUAAAGAGUUCGAAUUGUGCGAUUAUAGAGAGAACGGGUGUGAUUUCAAGGCUCUUCAAAACUUUACCAAUCCAGAAACACGACAACUUAUUAACAGGGUCUUCGCAACUUGCACCCAUGCCGGGGGAUGUCUCCACGGAUGCCGAGAUCUGGUGAAGGACAUUAUGACGAAUCACGUAUGUUUUAAAGAUGGGAUGGCCGAAGGCGUAACAUAUCGAAAACUUAUGGAAAGGGGAACAGAUAAAUUGGAAGCCCUGCAAUGGGUGGCGGCCAUGAAGUCAUGUGAAUGUGCGAAAGAAAACCCGAUAAAUUACGUAGAAAACAACGAACCCGGACCUGGUCAGACUGAUAACAUCGUCCCCUCGUCGAAUACAUCACAGAUAGCAGCCUACACUGUUCUUGUCUUGAUCUUAUCAGCUCUCAGAUUAUUUUAA